AUGUUGGAGCAAUUUUUUGUUUUUGAGAAGUAUAAGCUGGGAACAAGUAAACCAGGAGCUACCUUGCUUCCAGAAGCGGUGAAGAAGAAUUACUCGAACCAUGUGAACAGAGUAUACGAGAAGGAUGGAUAUAUCUAUUCGGGAAGCCGAGUUCAUUAUGAGGUGAACGAAAACAUUAGCAUAAAACCAAUUAACAAAAUCAAAUCGGAAGAGACGACAAGAGACAUUGGAUGGGAACCAAACUUUGAUAAGGAGAGCUUUUAUGCUGUUUAUGCUGUUAUUCACCCCAGUCAGCUCUCUAUAAAAGAAUACAAAACGGAAAAAGAAGAUAUGGAUAUUGGGUUAUGCGUGAUGAAGUCAGGAAACCAUCUUUUCGCCUUUCCACAAAAGUAUAUGUUAAAAUUUCGAGGCAGUUUGGUUGACCUUUGCGAAUUACCCACAGGCGGUUCGUUGACUCUACUGAACAAGCUUUGGGAGCAAGACAGUUUUAUACAUGAUCCUCUUGACUUCAUGGUCUUACCAGGCCUGUCAGUGGCUAAUAUGUUUAAGUUUGAGUUUGAGUUUCACUUGAAGCUGUCAAAGAAAAAACAACAUCCACCUGUGACAUUGACUGAGGUGACUGUGGUGCUUGAAGAAUUGAGCACCACAACAGAAGUGAAGAACGACAAGGUUUUUCUUUCAAGAAGGUUGCGUCGUGAAACUCUUUUACAAAAAAAAAUGAACCAGCCCCUUAGCUUUCAAAUGCAUAGCCAUGGGAAUUGGAAAUGCUAUCCUACUGAUUCCUUCUACCAAUGUACCUUGCCUGAUAUUGGACCUACUUUCUUCACAAGCACCCAGUCCAGAACAUACGCAAUGGAGGUAGCUAUGAAGGUAGAUUGCUCAGGUUAUUCCAUGACCCUAACCACUAACCGGCGGUUCGCUGUUGCCAGUACUAAGCUUCGAAAUAACGAGAGCAAUAGCUCUCGAGGCCCUCCACAGAGACAACGUGGAGUUGUAUACAUGGAAGACGUUGGUACUGACCGUAUAUUGGCGCUUGAUAAGACUUGCAAGCUCAUCGACGAGCUUAAGGAAAAAGGCUAUCAGUAUAUAUGUCAUCGUACUGAGGGAUACCUUUGUGGUGGGAAGGCUAGCGCCCUUUCCGUUAUCACGGUGCUUCCUACUAUGCUUAUCCAGCACAGUCAAACGGAAAUCCCAGAUAAAAUGCUUCGUCAUUGGGGGCUUGACAAGUUUGGAUCUGGUCCAAUUAUUAACGACAGAGCGAAACUAGUGCUUUGUGAAUAUGAAGCUGGAGAGCAGGGGGAAUACAAGUUGCACUUUGGUCGUGAUAUCCAAGUUUUUGACUUCAUGGUUUUGACCACCUAUGGCUUCUACAAAUGUCCCACCUCCUCGAGACCAACGUUUUUCAGCAAGAGCAACAAGCUACUGGUGAGAUUUAAUAAGGACAUUUGGACUUUUUCACGAUCAGGUAACAUUGUGGUGCUGAAGACGAGACUUGUGCGUAUGCUUGAAAUUCAAUACUUUCUGGAAACAAAAGACCCCCCGCUCCGUCUUCAUAUCGAGCUUCAUGAAUAUAUCCAGGGUAAUGCUUUGAAAUAUAGAAGUUUCUCCAGGAAGAUGGUUCUCGUGGAUGAAUUCAAUCCCAUGUAUGAACCGACGUUUCAUCGUGAUACCUGGUCACAGCUAAGGCAGCAAACAUGGCCAUUCUCUGCUGAUAAGAGAGCCUAUAAUGCAACGCUUCCUUCGUUGGGACCCUCGUUCUUUGCUGAGAACAUUACAAGGACGUAUAUGCUUUCUAUUGAAGCCGUUGCAGCGAAGGAGAGGCACAAGGUGUUGUUACCUAUUGAAGUUGCAAACAAGCCGGAGUAG